AUGUGCGGCUCCGGCACUUUCUUGGUCGAGGCCGCCCUCAUCGCCACCGACGCCGCGCCCGGCCUGCUGCGCGCGCGGCCGUGGCCGUUUGAGGGGUGGCACGACUUUGACGAGGCGGCGUGGCGGGCGGCGGUGGGGGCAGCGGAGGCGGCGCGCAGGGGGUGGGGCGGCGCGCUGUUGGGCAACGACGUUCACGAGGGCGCGGUGCGCCUGGCGCGCAGUGCAGCCGCGGCUGCGGGCGUCGGUGACUUGGUGUCGCUGCAGCAGGGCGACUGCAGCACCUGGCGGCCGAAGCGCACGCCGACGGUCGUCGCCACCAACCCCCCGUGGGGCACGCGGCUGCUUGGCGGCGAGGACGACCGGCGCCCGCAGCAGCAGCAGCAGCAGCAGGAGCAGCAGGAGCAGCAGCAGCAACAGCAGCGCCAUCAAGAACGGGGCAGCCCGCGCGACGGCUUCCGCGGCGGCGGCGGCGGCGCCGCCCGCGCUGACAUGGGCGCCGAGCCGCCAAGCGCCGAGCUUUUCGAAACGUGGGGCCGCCUGUCGGGGUUUCUCAAGGAGCGCUGCCCGGGUGCUGACGCGUGGGUGCUGUCGGGCGCGCCCGACCUCACGGCCGCGCUCGGGAUGCGCAGCUUCAAGAAGCGCGCGGUCACGGUCGGCGGCGUCAAGGCCGCGUGGCUGGGGUACCAGGUCAGGGGCCUGGACGAGCGCUGA